GCCUCCCCGCGCCGCCCGGGCUGGGGCCGGGGCUCCCCGCCGUCCCCAUGAGCCGGCUGUAGGGUCCGCGCCGCCGCCAUCGCCCUUUGCCCUGAGGGGGUUUUUUUGGGGAUUUUUUGGGGGGCUUUGGUUUUUGGUUUCUUUCCUCCCCCCCCUUUUUUUUUUGUUCCCCCCCCGAGUUUAUUUUUCUACGCUUUGCUAUAAAAACAUGGUGCUGGGGAAGGUGAAGAGCUUGACGAUAAGCUUUGACUGUCUGAAUGACAGCAAUGUCCCCGUCUACUCCAGCGGGGACACAGUCUCAGGAAGGGUCAAUUUAGAAGUAACUGGGGAGAUCCGAGUGAAAUCCCUGAAAAUCCACGCGAGGGGGCACGCGAAAGUGCGCUGGACUGAGUCGAGAAAUGCUGGAUCCAACACUGCCUACACACAGAACUACACUGAAGAAGUCGAGUAUUUCAACCAUAAGGACGUGCUGGUCGGCCACGCGAGAGACGAUGACAAUUCAGAAGAAGGCCUUCACAUCAUCCAUUCGGGAAGGCAUGAAUAUGCAUUCAGCUUCGAGCUUCCACAGACACCACUUGCUACCUCAUUCGAAGGCAGACAUGGCAGUGUGCGCUAUUGGGUGAAAGCCGAAUUGCAUAGGCCUUGGUUUCUACCAGUAAAAUUAAAGAAGGAAUUUACAGUCUUUGAACAUAUAGAUAUCAACACUCCUUCAUUACUGUCACCCCAAGCAGGCACAAAAGAAAAGACUCUCUGUUGUUGGUUUUGUACCUCAGGCCCAAUAUCCUUAAGUGCCAAAAUUGAAAGGAAGGGCUACACCCCAGGUGAAUCAAUUCAGAUCUUUGCUGAGAUUGAGAACUGCUCUUCCCGUGUGGUGGUGCCAAAGGCAGCCAUUUACCAAACGCAGGCAUUUUAUGCCAAAGGGAAAAUGAAGGAAGUCAAACAGCUUGUUGCCAACCUGCGUGGGGAGUCCUUGUCAUCUGGCAAAACGGAAACCUGGAAUGGCAAACAGUUGAAAAUUCCACCUGUUUCCCCUUCAAUCCUCGACUGUAGUAUAAUCCGUGUGGAAUAUUCACUGAUGGUAUAUGUUGAUAUUCCAGGCGCCAUGGAUUUAUUCCUUAACUUACCACUGGUCAUUGGUACCAUUCCUCUACACCCAUUUGGUAGCAGAACAUCAAGUGUGAGCAGCCAGUGUAGCAUGAACAUGAAUUGGCUUGGGCUGACACUGCCUGAAAGACCAGAAGCACCUCCUAGCUAUGCAGAAGUGGUCACAGAGGAACAAAGACAGUCCAGCCUUGCACCCAUAGGUGCUUGUGAUGACUUUGAGAGAGCGCUUCCAGGACCAUUGUUUGCAUACAUCCAGGAGUUCCGUUUUCUGCCUCCACCCCUCUAUUCAGAAAUUGAUCCAAACCCAGAUCAGCCCACAGAUGACAGACCAUCUUGCCCCUCUCGCUGAAGGAAUCCGUCAAAAGCUGACUUGACUUGGGUUUUGAAUCAUACCUGCCGUGUUGAAGGUCAAGGUGUCAUAGUGGAGACACACUUUCAAAGGAAGUGGUUUUGCUCUUGCCUGUAUGGUGAAUAAAUGAAAACAACCUGUGA